GCAUUACUAGCUUGUCUUGUGCUUGUCAGUCAGUGAGCAGCGCGAAUAAAUUUUAACGACAGCAAGUUAAACCCGUGUUUGACAAGACAAACAUGUCUAAAGACACGGAAAGGAAGAAGAGCGAGAAGAUUCUGUACAUGGACAGUAAAGCGUUGUGGUAUCCGGACUCUAAGAGGACAACACAGAUGGACAGGUUCCGGGAGCAGGUCAACGGAGAAUACGGACUUAAUCUGGUUAGUUACAAUGACCUGUACCAGUGGUCUGUGGAGAACUACCCAGAGUUUUGGACAGAGGUGUGGCGCUUCUGUGGUGUGGUCAGCUCCAAAACAUAUGAUGAGGUGGUGGAUGUAUCCAAACGGAUCUCAGAUGCUCCUGAGUGGUUUAAAGGAGCUCGUCUCAACUAUGCAGAAAACCUGCUCAAACAUGCUGACCAAGACAAAGUAGCUCUCUAUGCUGCUACGGAAGCAAGGGAGGAUAUUGUGAAGGUAACAUUUGGUGAACUGCGACGGGAUGUGGCUUUGUUUGCAGCAGCAAUGAGGAAAAAUGGCAUCCAGGUUGGCGAUAGAGUCGCAGGCUACUUGCCUAAUGGCAUACAUGCAGUGGAGGCCAUGUUGGCAGCCGCCAGCAUUGGAGCUAUUUGGAGUUCCACAUCUGUCGACUUUGGACAAAAUGGCGUCCUCGACAGGUUUUCUCAAAUCCAGGCAAAGAUGCUUUUUUCUGUUGCUGCCGUAGUUUACAACGGCAAAACACAUGACCACAUGGAAAAGUUGACCAGUGUUGUUAAAGGUCUGCCGGACCUGGAAAAAGUUGUUGUGAUUCCUUAUGCUCGCUCCAGGCAUGACAUUGACCUCUCCAAGAUCCCCAACAGUGUAUUUAUAGAUGAUUUCCUCGCAACGGGGCGUGGUGAGGGAGACCAGUUUCCUCAGCUGGAGUUUGAACAGCUUCCAUUCAGCCACCCUCUCUUCAUCUUGUACUCUUCUGGAACCACGGGGUCUCCAAAAUGUAUGGUCCACUCUGCUGGGGGUACACUCAUCCAGCACUUGAAAGAGCACAUUCUCCACGGCAAUAUGACCAAGAGUGAUGUCAUCAUUUACUACACAACGACUGGCUGGAUGAUGUGGAACUGGCUAGUGUCUGCUUUGGCAGUGGGAGCUUCAGUGGUUUUAUAUGAUGGUUCACCACUUGUACCCACACCCAAUAUACUGUGGAACCUGACAGACCAGCUAGGCAUCACUAUCUUCGGCACUGGGGCUAAGUGGCUGUCUGUGCUGCAAGAGAGGAACCUGAAACCCAUGGAAACACACAACCUUCAGUCUCUCCAUACCAUCCUGUCUACUGGUUCGCCUCUCAAACCGCAGAGCUACGACUACGUUUACCACUGCAUCAAGAGCAAUGUGCUGCUGGGCUCCAUUUCAGGGGGUACUGACAUUGUGUCAUGUUUCAUGGGCCAGAACCCAACAGUUCCAGUGUAUUAUGGAGAGAUCCAAACAAGAAAUCUUGGCAUGGCUGUAGAAGCCUGGAGCUGUGACGGUAAGCCUGUAUGGGGAGAGAGCGGUGAGCUGGUGUGCUUGAAGCCAAUCCCCUGUCAGCCUACACAUUUCUGGAAUGAUGACAACGGCAUCAAAUACCACAAAGCAUAUUUUUCGAAAUAUCCUGGUGUGUGGGCCCAUGGAGACUACUGUAAAAUCAACCCUAAAACUGGAGGCAUUAUAAUGCUGGGCAGAAGUGACGGGACACUGAAUCCCAAUGGAGUCCGCUUUGGGAGCUCAGAGAUCUACAAUAUUGUAGAGGCAUUUGAAGAAGUGUCAGACAGUCUUUGUGUUCCUCAGUACAAUGCCGACGGAGAAGAGCGAGUUAUUUUGUUUGUGAAGAUGGCAGCCGGUCACACCUUCUGUCCAGACUUGGUAGUGAACAUUAAAGGAGCCAUUAGGAAAGCUCUGUCUGCCCGACACGUACCUGCUCUGUUGCUAGAGACCAGAGACAUUCCUUACACCCUCAGCGGUAAGAAGGUGGAGGUGGCUGAACAGGUGAUUGCUGGCGGGGAAGUGACGCAAAGAGGAGUGUUCUCUAACCCUGAUUCCCUGGACCUUUACAAGAACAUUCCAGAACUACAAAACGUCUAGACACAGAACUGGAGAAACUGAUCGGUGUAUGGUUUCGUUUUAUAAAUUUAACUUCGAUGUGUAUUCACUGGUACAGGGAAGCAUACAGGUACAAUUUUUUAGUAUUGUGCAGGUCAUGUUAAAAAACAAAUUUAAAAAAACAGCUGGGUCCAUAUGUAUUUGGACAGUCACACAAUUUUUGUAAUUUAGCCUCCGUAUAUCAC